UGGUCUGAACGCACAGCCUUGGCCUGUCGCGCGCGUCCAGCCGCGGAGCUGCCCCCCCACACCCUGCCCAGCUCUCCCUCUCCACCGUGGACAGGGGGCGCUGCGGUCCCGGUACCCCGAGGGGGCGGGCCCCGGGCGGGGCGGGGCUGGCCAGGCUUCCAGGCCUGGGCUCUGGCCGCCCGCGCCGCCCGGCUGCUCCGGCGACGGGCCGGGGCGGGGCGCGGCGGCAGGAAGCGGGGCGGGGACUCGUGGAGGCGUUGGGAGCGAGGGAGGGCGCGGCCAACUCCCGCAGGGACCGCAGGCCGAGAGCGCGGCGCUCGGGCCUGGCGCCGAGCCUGAGCCCGCCGACGGACGCGGCCCCGCCGCGGGCUCGGUCCCGGCCCCAGCCCCGCCAGCAUGGCCGGCCGGACGGUACGGGCCGAGACCCGGAGCCGGGCCAAGGAUGACAUCAAGAAGGUGAUGGCGACCAUCGAGAAGGUCCGGAGAUGGGAGAAGCGCUGGGUGACUGUGGGCGACACUUCUCUUCGAAUCUUCAAGUGGGUGCCAGUGGUGGACCCCCAGGAGGAGGAGCGACGGCGGGCAGGCGGUGGCACAGAGAGAUCCCGUGGCAGGGAGAGGCGGGGCAGGGGCGCCAGUCCCCGGGCGGGAGGCCCUCUUAUCCUGCUGGACCUCAAUGAUGAGAACAGCAAUCAGAGUUUUCAUUCAGAAGGUUCCCUGCAAAAGGGCACAGAGCCCAGCCCUGGGGGCACCCCACAGCCCAGUCGCCCUGCAUCACCUGCUGGACCUCCAGAAGGGGUCACUGAGGAGGCUCAGCCCCCACAGCUGGGCCAAGAGCGAGACCCUGGGGGCACACCUGCAGGUGGCACUGAUGACCCUCCAAUGCUGACCAAGGAGGAGCCUGUUCCAGAAUUACUGGAAGCCGAGGAUUCGAAAGUGAGGAUGACAAGGAGAGCCCUCCAAGAGAAAGGCCUGAAAACGGAGCCCCUCAGACGGCUUCUUCCCCGGAGGGGCCUCCGGACAAAUGCCCGGCCCAGCUCCGCGGUGCCGGACGCCAGAGCUGCAGGGGGAGGAAGCAAGGCCCCGAGGGCGCCCAGGACGGUCCCCCAGGGGAAGGGGAGGUGAGGCGGCUCCCCGGCAGGCGAGACCCGCAGGCCCCCUCGGCCGCCCCAAGUCCAGAACCACCCGUACCCUGCG